GGGAGGGAGAGCAUGAGACAGAAGGAGGUAGAGUGCACACAUGCCUCCUGCUUGGAGUAGAAGAGGAAGGAAGAGAGGAGAUCCUGGUGUCUUGCUUAUAAGAAGACUGAAAAUAAACCACAGCAGGACACAGAACACUGUGACUGUGGUGUCACAGUAAGGAAGAGCACUGGUAAGAUGUCAUGGCGUCCGACCUACCGAAGCUCCAAGUUUCGAAACGUCUACGGAAAAGUAGCCAACCGGGAGCACUGCUUUGACGGCGUCCCAAUCACCAAGAAUGUCCACGACAACCACUUCUGUGCCGUCAACUCCAAGUUCCUCGCAGUCAUUACAGAGAGCGCUGGUGGAGGCUCCUUUAUCGUGAUACCCGUGUCCCAGUCUGGUCGUCUGGAUUCUCAUUACCCAAAAGUGUGCGGCCACCAUGGCAAUGUACUGGACAUCAAGUGGAAUCCUUUCUUUGAAAACAUUAUCGCAUCCUGCUCUGAGGACGCGUCGGUGCGAGUAUGGGAGAUCCCAGAGGGUGGUCUGAGGCGAAACAUGACGGAGGCGGUGCUGGAGCUGUACGGUCACAGCAGACGGGUGGGUCUGAUCGAGUGGCAUCCAACCAGCAGUGGCAUCCUCUUCAGUGCGGGCUAUGACUAUAAGAUCCUGAUCUGGAACCUGGAGAUCGGCGAGCCGGUGAAAAUGAUCGACUGUCACACUGACGUCAUCCUCAGUAUGUCCUUUAACACAGACGGCAGCCUGCUGACCACCAGCUGCAAAGACAAGAAGCUGCGAGUCAUUGAGCCACGCUCUGGGCGAGUCCUUCAGCAAGCCAGUUGUAAGAACCACCGCGUAAACCGCGUCGUGUUCCUGGGCAACAUGAAGCGGCUGCUCACCACUGGAGUUUCUCGCUGGAACACGCGGCAGAUAGCUCUGUGGGAUCAGGAGGAUUUGUCCAUGCCAAUUGCGGAGGAGGAUAUUGACGGCCUCUCAGGACUGUUGUUUCCCUACUACGACGCUGACACACAUAUGUUGUACCUGGCAGGCAAGGGGGACGGCAACAUCCGUUACUUUGAGAUCACCACAGAGAAGCCGUACAUCGAAUACCUUAUGGAGUUCCGAUCCCCGGCCCCACAGAAAGGACUAGGUGUGAUGCCAAAGCAUGGGCUGGAUGUAGGCGCCUGCGAGGUGUAUCGCUUCUACAAGCUCGUCACUCUGAGGGGCUUGAUUGAGCCCAUUUCAAUGAUCGUGCCAAGAAGGUCAGACACAUACCAGGAGGACAUCUACCCCAUGACGGCAGGAACAGAACCUGCGCUGUCCGCCAGCGAAUGGCUGAGUGGCAUUGAUAGAGACCCUGUCUUGAUGUCCCUGAAAGAAGGUUACCAGCGGCCAAACAAGUUAGUGUUCAAGGCCCCAGUAAAGGAAAAGAAGAGCGUAGUAGUGAACGGGAUUGAUCUGCUGGAGAACGUACCACCCAGGACGGAGAACGAGCUCCUGCGGAUGUUCUUCCAGCAGCAGGAGGAGCUCCGGCGGCUGAAGGAAGAGCUCACCACCAAGGAUGUGCGAAUACGUCAACUGGAGCUGGAGCUCAACAACCUGAAGAACGUUAGCCCCAACAACGUCUGACCUCUUUUCUCCAUGGACUGGCAAUACUGCUUCCUUUGCCCCCGAAAUCUGACCUCCAAACAAUCUCCUGAGCCUUCCCACUCUGCUUUUUUUUGAUAUAUCACAAUAUAACUUAAUUUAUGCUGCCUUGCAUAGCGCACACAAUAAUGUGAUCACUGUUUGAUCAUCUCUCAUCUGGUGCAAUGAUUAGAUAACUGAAAUAAUAACGUGAUAAACGUGAAAAAUGAUUAUGUUAUUGAGGCAAGGCAGCAAUCACGGUUUGACACCUUAACACGGAAUUUAAAAAUCUGUACUUUUGAGCUAACAUAGCCUCGAGUGUUAUGAUCAAUUAUAGCAUACUGUUGCCCGAACUAGACUCCUCACUGGCUCCUAAUGUUUCUCUUCCCCAAGGCCUUAGAUUCUGCUGCAGACACAGUUUGCAGCAAGCUGCAACAUCAUCUUGAAGAGACUGACGUGACGUAUAGCACAUCACGCACAUCUGCACACAGCGGACGAGAAGAGAAGAGCAUUUGGACACACACAGAUCGUGUUUUCCACAGAGCUGCGGAUUUCAUUUCUUCUCUUCUUACCUACAAACGUCGGUUGUACAUUUACUUCACAUCUCGGACACAUGCCGUCUUUUCCACGGAGUACAUAUUUCACUCACAUGCCGUGUUUUUAUUCUUUAUUUAAAUAAACGCCAAGGCAGCUGGGGAGACCUGGAUGCAGGGCUGGCGUCUCCAGGCUGUUAUUGGGUUUUAGGGCUAAUUCUGAGGGCCAUGAUGUAUAUUUGUUUCUAUUUAUUUGUCACAUUUGACUUUUUCUAAGUGAUAACAUUUGCUAAUCCCGUUGGUUUUUUUAUACGAUGUUGCUGUGAAAGUAAUGAUCGUGGCGCUUGAUAGACUUUGCUGAUUAUUUGUGGUGAAGGGCUGGUGCAAGGGUUGUGUGAAACUGUACCUUGAAUGAUUGUUUGUGUGACUGGAGAUGAGGUAUGGAAAAUAUAGUCUUAACUAGCCUGUAAUAUUAACCAUCCUUUUUUACAUUUAAUCAAAGUAGACUUCAUUACUAUCCCUGAUACAUGUUAGAUGUGUAACUUUGCUCUUGUGCCUCUCCUGCACCUCUUAGAUUAGCUUGCGCUUAAAACUGCUGCUUAACCAUCAUUUUAUAUUGUUUAAGAAAGUGGGAACAGGUAUUGCAUUUGAUUGGUUCUAUUAUGACAGCCGGGUUGCUCAUUCUGCUUUUAACGAAGAAAACGGCAUUGCACAUAAAUGGUAAAUGAAUAGAGGUUCAAAUGAAAGUAGAAAAAUGGUAAAAAAUUGACCGUAGACUGAUGAGCUGCAGUGAAAGCCAGCCUUUUCAUGUUGUUUCACUCAAAUCAACCAUCUCUGAACAGUAUGAACUAAGAUGAACAUACACCGGAUAUUUUGCUUUUGUUCACUAAAACCAACAUUGACCGUCCUUCCAUUAUGUGCAACAAAGCUGGAUAUUAACCGUCUAAGUUCACCCUGGGUUUUCAAUGCCGGGUCGAGUGUGUUUAAGUGAAAACGGUGGAAAAACUUGAAUAAUGUCAGAAACAUGAAUAAAGUUCAUACAGUGAGGAAAAAAAACGUUGAUGCCUGCCGUUAAUGUCAGCUGGAGCGACAUUCUACAGUAAAUGAUCAUCAGAACUAAAAAGGGUUCUUUUUAGAUUUCUAAACUUGCUUUUUUGUCUGAUGAUGAACACACAAAGAUUAAUCUAUGAUAUAUAUAUAUUUUUUAAGUUCAUAUCAGACUGCCAUUAGUGCCAAAGCAGAAAGAAGCAGUUAAUGUGUGAUGAGUAGACUAAAUAUUGAACAGUGUGUGGGUCAU